AUGUCGAUCCUCCUGCUAAACGGCCCAAACCUAAACCUCCUCGGCACCCGCGAACCACACAUCUACGGCCACAAAACCCUCGCAGAUAUCGAAACCGCCAUGACAGACCUGGCUACAUCAAAAGGCAUAACCCUACAAACCUUCCAAUCAAACCACGAAGGCGCCCUCGUGGACCGAAUCCAGGCAGCGCGCGGAAACACCGACGUGAUCCUCAUCAACCCCGGCGCAUUUACGCACACGAGUGUUGCCAUUCGCGAUGCGUUGCUUGGCGUUCAGAUUCCGUUUGUGGAGAUUCACCUUACGAAUGUGCAUGCCCGUGAGCAAUUUCGGGCGCAUAGUUAUUUGUCGGACAAAGCGAGGGGUAUUAUUGUUGGGCUUGGGGCAUAUGGGUAUGAGGUCGGGGUUGAAUUUGCUGUUAGGGAGGUUAUUGGGAAGAAAUAA